AUGUCCAACAAGUUUGAAGGAGAAGGAAUCAAUCUAUAUUGUCGCACCUGUCCAUACAUUCAUCGAAUCGACCCAGAACACGACAAUGUCUUUACGAAAACAAACGUCAAAGAUCGCAAAAAAGUAGAGGAUGUCUUUGACAAUCAAUGGGCCGGUGCAAACACUACAAAAGCUACUUGCCAAAAAUGUGGUCAUCAAGAAGCUGCAUUCAUAGAAUUCCAAAUCAGAUCAGCAGACGAACCAAUGACUCAGUUCUACAAGGUAUCACGCGCUCUCUAG